GUGCAGACGAGCUCCGUUUUCAAAUGCAAACCGAUCAACAGAAAGCGCAGGACCCGGAGUGUGUUAGGAUUUGACGGACGGGGCGACACUUGAGUUUACCGUGACCUUCAGGUUCUCCGGGGUUCGUGACAAACUGGAGCAAAGCGAAUUCUCAACGCGUGAAGCUUGCUUUGGGGUUUUAAUUUAUUUCGAUGAGAAAAUGCUUCCCCCUAGUGAACGUUUUGGAAGGAAACCGCUGUCUACUCGUGUUCUUUAAAAAAUAGUUAUCUUCCGCUGGAGAAGUGACACGGCCUCAAGGGGAGAGAGAGAGAGAGAAGCAGAAGCAGAGAGAGAUGCAUUGUUCACUCUUGCGAGAAUAUAUUUCAAAGUUAUGUCAAUUUGCCGCAAUAACUGGAAGAAGCCUGCAUUUCCUCUUGAAGGUUGAGAGCAACAACUAAUUUUUACCUAUAGCAGUAACUUAGUUGGGAAAAAACAGGCAGUCCCACUAAGAAGCAAAAUACUACAGCAGCACUGGUUACGUUACUGUUUGUGGUGGGACUAAAAAAGUGACAAGUAGUUACUUAGUCGCCCGGCACCGUGCUACUGAGGUCGCACGCAGGACCGAGUGUCACGCAGGUGUGUGGAAGUGAUCCUGUACUUGACAAGGGACGACGCCGCAGAUCGCUGUGGGCUGGUCGGUCGGUGUGAUCGCCCCGUCUAACCUGCCAAGCGAUGGCUCGGAGGCGGCUGGACAGCCGGAGCUGCCCACCAGGGCUUUUCACGGAGAUUCAGACACAGAUCCGCACUGAGCCCCUGGACAGCCUGUACGUGAUCACGAACGCCGAGCUGGGAAGUCUCUUUCUCUGCCCCAGGGGGAAGUUUGCGGUGGUGAAAAAGUGUGAGGAGAAGGCAACUGGGAAGGAAUAUGCCGCCAAGUUCCUGAAGAAGCGCCGCCGCGGACGAGACUGUCGCGCUGAGAUCGUACACGAGGUGGCCGUGCUGGAGGCAAUGCGUGCCAACCCCCGGGUGGUCAAUCUGCACGAGGUCUUCGAGACCGAGCAUGACAUCGUCCUGCUGCUGGAAUAUGCAGCAGGAGGAGAGAUAUUCGACCACUGUGUCUCGGAGGAGAUUCUGUCAGAGCGUCAGAUCACUCGACUGCUCAGACAGACCCUGGAGGGUGUCCACCUCUUGCAUCAGAGCAGCCUUGUACACCUGGACCUCAAGCCCCAGAACAUCUUGCUAACUAGCCUCAACCCGCUAGGCGAUAUUAAGAUUGUGGACUUUGGUCUGGCCAGGCGCCUGGGAACCACAGGAGAGCUGAGGGAGAUCCUGGGUACACCGGAGUAUGUGGCCCCAGAAAUAUUGAAUUAUGAGCCCAUCACAACCGCAACAGACUUGUGGAGUGUGGGCGUGAUCGCCUACAUGUUGGUGACAGGAGAGUCUCCGUUCCAGGGAGAGGACAAGCAGGAGACCUUCCUCAACGUGUCACAGGUCAAUGUGGAUUACUGCAAGGAAGCUUUCGCUGGCGUGUCUGAAUUGGCUGUCGACUUCAUCCAGAAACUGCUGGUCAAGUCCCCAGAGGACAGGCCCAGCGCAGCCGAGUGCCUCACCCAUCCCUGGCUGUGGCAGAGCAGCCCGGAUUCAGAACCUUCCACCCCACAGCCCAGCCGUGGGCCCCGCGAGAGAAGUGCCGGCAAGUGGGGCGCCACCACUCCCCUGGAUGACCCCGAGGACAAGAAGAACUUUCUGGAGGCCUCUUUCGGGAAGAGGUUCCGCUUUGAUGAGUCACUGCUGGGAGAGAGCAUACAGUGAGGGCUGGCCCGGUAAAUUGUCAAAGUGUUUCUGUUUUUGUCAAAAAGGUUUGUCCUGGACAAAAGACAUUCAAUUUGUGACCUUUCAGGAGAAUAUCUGCAGGUAGAGGGUGCCUCCUUUUCUCUUUGUAUGUCUACAUAAUGGGUGUUUCUGUACAGUAUGUUGAGCUAUCAGCACUUCCACCUGCAGUAUUUGGAGGUGUAAAGCUGUACCCAAAGAUUUAAAUAAGAUUUUAAAGAAUUUUAUGUUCAACUUUUCAGUGUGAAUAUUUGUUUUAGGUCUGACUGGAAAUGCUCUUGUUGGAAUUAUUUGAAUGCAAUAAUUUAAGUUUUUUCUGUUUAUGUUCAUCAAUAUUAGUCCAUAGCUCUUGACUCAUUUAUUAAAAUUGUGUGGUUCAUUUUUUCUUCCAUGUAGAAGACAGUCUGACAGGUCUGACAACCUGCGGUUCUCUUGGUGAAACUAACCUGAUAAAACUGCAAACACCUUGUCUAAGAUCGUUCUUAGGGAUCAGCUGGACUGGUAGAUGUUCAAACAUUCCUAUGAAUGCUAACGAAACCCGGUAGGGUCUAAAAACCUGUUGGUCCUGUUUUAAUUUGUGGAUAUUUCCAAUGUAAAUUAGUCAUGACCGCAUGUAUGAAUGGGCAUUUUUUUAUCUGUGUCUCGUCGACAUGUUGUCAAGUGAAACUACAAAUAUGGGUCUGUCAGUUUGUAAUGUAUAGGACUUUGUCAAGUUGAUGCUUUUUAAUUGUUCCGUGCCGUGGAACAAAAAAAAAAAACAGUAAAAUGCAUUUUAUAUGGAAAAACCCUUGUUUUCUACUGUAGCCAGAUCGGCACACAUUGGGCCAUAGUAAUUAGGUUAGAUGGCAAUUUGACCAUUAUAGAAGAUCAGACCUAACAUUUGAAAAGGCAAAUCUUUCACUGAUCCAACAUCUGGACAGUGUGUGCCACAGUGCACGUCAUGCAGUGGUUUAUAAUCACUUUGUAAAUAUUUACUAUUUUUCAAUGAAAAAAUAUGUAGUUUUAUGAGGCUUACAGGGUAUUUUCACUUGACGUGAACCCCUUUCCUCCUCUAAGUCCCCCCAGGGCCUGCUGUGCUGUGACUCAGGUUUAAUCUUGGUGGUAUCUUGUACUUUGGAAGAUGGGGAAGCUAAAUCUGUCCAUUUCUCCUGUUCCUGGCAUAGCAGACCUGGGUGUGUCUAUACACAGGGUGUGUGUGAGUAUAGCCCUUGGACUGGUUCAUUUGAACUGAAGAAUGUUAAUUAUUAUAUGGAGCGAAAUGGAUUACUGUAUGCAUCUGAACUUUAUGUGGUAGAACAGUCGAGAGAAAUUCUUGGAAAUUCUGUGGCUCUGAUUACCGUACUAAUUAAACUGUAGAAUGUCAUGCGUCACCUUCAAUUUCGAUAACUAUAGCAUAACAAGCGAAAGUAUGUAGGAGGGCCAGAGUGUACUGACUGUGAACUUGACUGCUUUUUAUUGUUAGGGUUACAUAACAGAUUCCUAUACCAGAGUUUUUCUGGGCUGUGGGCUCUUCCUGUGUAGUAAGUAAAGUUGCUGACAAGAGUGUAGUCUGGCAGAGUCCUGUUGCUGAAAAAUCUGUAGGAGCCAAGCUGGUGCUGAAUAUAUUAAUGUUGUUAAUUUGUUUUCUGAAUUUUACUUCCCUGUUGGUAAAUGCGAUCUAUUUUGGCCUUCCACAGGGUUUGUAUUGAGGCAAUCGCUUUAUCUCAAGCCUGAAAACAUUUCUUCAUUGGUAAAGGAAGUGGAUUGGGCUGAAAUUAUACAAUUCUGAAUGGUCUAAUUAGUGCACAUCCUUUUUUAGAAAUAAAAGGUGCCAGCAUCGAGUUAAACAGUCUGUAUACUAUUUUAGGUUGUUGACUAUAUUAGCAAAACAAUUACUAGAAAUGUAUUAAUAUCAGUCUUUUCAUAGAUUUUUAAAAUUAUUUGCAUAUAUUGAUCAAGCAAAUUACAGCUUCGAGUACAAAUAUAAAGGAGAUGUCUAAAAAAGUCCUUAAGUUCAAGUUUGUUCAAGUUACCCGAUGGAACCUUUAGUACAUUAAGCCUUGUCAUUUGCCAGUGACAACCUUAUUAAUAAACCUUAAUAAUAUUAAUAAAACCUUAUUAAUUAUACCUUAUACAGGGAAACUGUAGGCCAUGAGAAAUGCUUGGAAUCCCAGUAUCAUUGUGGUUAUACUCGCAUACACCCAACAUGUUAACCAGCGUUUUGUAGUGAUCUCAUAAGAAGUCACACAGCAAGACUGUUCUGUUAACUGUAAUUAUUUCACUAUAUAUAAAAGGAUGUUUGUGCAAAAGGCUGGCAUGACAUUUCUCUUAAGCAGCUAAAUGCAGAAUGAUUUUUUUUUUUCAGGAAGGCUUUUUUUAAAAAAACAUGAGCAAGAAAAAACAAAACUUAACAAGAACCAGCUGUCACGAUUACAUUUUAAAAAGCCCGUGUGCCAUAAUUACUUUAGUUUCAUUUUGUAUCAGUGUAAUGCUCCUGGGGACAAAGGUCAAAGGCAAUAGAAUGACUAUUCAGUGUUCUUGUGGGAAUUUUAAUGUAUUUCUUAGUUAAAAUACCCCACCCACAUUACAAGUAUGUUUUAUUUUUCAGACUUAUUAUUAUUGCUUCUCAGCAAUUGAGCAACAUCCUUCUCUUGUAGGUGGGGACCAGUAUGUCCGUCAUGGAAUGACAGCCCGCUGACGAAAAGUAAAAGCAGAUAGUCAUUGAGGCCUGCAUAAAAAAAAAACAUUUUUGCUGUGCGUGGUGUAACUAGACUCCAUGGGUGGUAGUGGCUGUGUCUGUUCUCUCAAGGUGGUGUAUUCUGUGAACCCUGUAAGUUGCGUUUUCUUACGACACAAGUCAAAGGGGCUGCACUAAGUAAAAAUGAAACUGUCUCUUCUGCAUUUUGUUCAGCGAUUGCAAAGAUAUGCAAACCAGCAUGCACACCAAACUGUUUUAUGUAAUUCAUUCAGGUUUUUUUUUUUCCAACUCUGUAAGAUCUUGCAAAGGUAAGAACAAAAUACUGAAGGGCAAGCAACCUGUAGUAAUAGGAACUGACCAGCUGGAGACUGCAAUGUCAUUAAAAAAGUAAUGGGAGAUGAGAGCGUUCCCGUAUUAAGUAGCAGGGAAGGGUAUAAUUCAUGUCCUCCUAGUGCCUUGUAUGUGAAACCCUGUAGGGGACAGUGCACUGUUAUUCCGCCCCUGGGUCAGCUGGACUGGAACAAGGGGCUCACUCUCAAUGAAAAGUGAGCCACCAUUCUCUAAGAUGUAUAUGUGGUGCUACCUGUAUUGAUUUUUAUUUUGACAGAAUAUUGAGAGGUGGAGAGGGCAACUUGCAGUAUUUUCUGGCAGGUUAAGAGAAACCGGAUGAAAUAUUUUAAUUUAUAUGGAAGUAAAUGUAAAUCACUUUGAGAGUAAACACUUUGAAUUGUUCUGUCAAAAAAAAGUCAGUGCUAGUACACAUUGUGUUGUUUGCGCAUGUGCGUGUUAGCGACAUGGUCUUGUCUCAAUAUUAUACUGGUGUUCUCCUGCAACCUUCUACUGUAGAUUUUGACUGUCUGAGGUACUGUACUGCUCAAACUCAUGAUUUCAUUUGUAUUUGCUGUUGUUUUAAAAGAGUGAAAACUGGGUUGCAGAUACCAUGUGUGGGUGAGGGGAGGGGAUACAGUGGAUGGUGCAGAACCCCCAACCAGCUAGACAUUCUUUGGGGAUGGAGAAUCACAUCUGUUGGACCAUUAAUGGUUUCUUGACCAAAUGGCUUUUGCAUGGGAAAUGUGAACUUCUUAAAAUCUUAAACCUUUUCAGUUUGCUUCCUCCCCAUGUCAUCACCAGUGAAGACGACUGAGCUGCACUUGGUUUCUUGAUAGUUUCAUUCCUUAGAUUGAUUUUAUGUUUGCCAUGGAGGAAAAGGUUUUUAUUGGUCAAGCAUAGAGGACUGUGGUGCUUUUAAAGUAAAUGGUAGAAUCAUUGACCUCAAAUUUCAAUAUUAAGGCAGAAGUGCAGUGAUGAUAUAUUAAAGCCUAUGUUUGUAACAACUGCAUGUAGUCUUAUUUGGCAUAAUAGUCAGCAAAUACUUACUCUUUUACAAAUAUAGCAUAGUAUUCUGUCAGAUGAUUGUGGUUACAAAUGCAGAAAACAGAAUUCAGUAGUUGAGAGACUAUUCUACCUCCUGCUUGCCUUUAGUGUUAGUAUACUGUUGAGCAAGAGUGCAGAGCUGUAGAGUUUGAAUUUAGCUGACACACUUGCGGUACAGUAUACAGGAGCACCAUGGAUAGCAAAUUGUGUCCUGUGUACUCGGAGAAGACAGGAAGGAUGUGUUUUUAAGAAGGAAGAGCAGGAUGUCAAACUGAAAGAGCUGUGCAGUCGUUUGGGCGGGCAGCCAUUACAGAAGAGAGGCAAGGACUGGAGUCUUUAUUCUGCAAGGUUUUUGGAAAUGAUGCGAUGAGACUAGGAAUUCUUUCUGAAGGGAAUUUGAACUGAAGGCAGUGCAAGGAAAUAGCAGACCAGUAACUGAAAUACAUCAUAAACUGGACUACAGCACCCAGCUCAGGUGUGACACAGAUUUUUAGAAGAGAAACACUCGGUUUACUACAUAGUGCUAGUAAACAAGUUUAUUUUUUAGUUGUCUACCCCUUGCAAUCACAAUCGAACAUGGGGGAGGGAGCAGAGAAGUCUGUAGAGCUACUGUAUGAAUAAUGUUGAAGGCUGAGCACCUAUACAAGUCUGUAGAUAUAUAACUUGAACACUGAUGCUGCUGCAAAGCUAAUUUGACAACAUGGCACAUUAUAGUAUUUGCACAACAGCCAGCAGGCUGCUUUAUGGGAUUGCUUUAUCUCCGGUUGGUGGUACAAAGUGAUGACUGAGGCUGAUAACUUCUUCAAAAUGGUCAUUGUCCCAAGGCAAAGUAGAGGUCUGGAGAACACUUGUAUAUGAACUGUAAUUUAUUAAUUGUAAGAGAAUAUAAUUUGUUUGAAAUAUAAUAAUUUAUAUUGUAUUUUUUAGAAAUUUGAUUUUUUUUAAGAUGAAGGGUUAAUUGUAUUUUUAAAACUGGAUUUGUAAGAGAUGAAUUUUAUAUCUGCUUGUAUUCAAAUUGAAAAGCAUUUAGGCAGAAAAAAGGUUAUUAAUAGGGAAGAAAAAAAUAUUAAACAAAAUGAAACUCCUA